AUGGAAACCGAAAACGAAGUGAAGACCGAUCCCGAGCCGCAGCAAGAAAAUGGCGCGGAGAAAAUGGAAGCAUCCAAUGGCAAUGGAAAUGCUGAGAAUGGAGAUGCUCCCUCUCAAGAACUAAAGCCCGACAUCAACGAAUUGAUGAAGAAAAUUGAGGAAGAAAAGAAUAAGGACCGAUCGAAAGACAGGAGUCGAAGCAGAGAUAGAAAGAAACGGAGCAGAUCCCGUGAUCGAAAACGAAGAUCGCGAAGCCGAGACCGCGACCGAAAAAAGCGACGAUCACGCUCGAGAGACCGAAAGAAGCGAUCCCGAUCACGUGAUCGAGACCGAAAGCGGGACAGACGAGAGCGCUCCAGAGAUCGAGAUCGAAAGCGAUCCAGGGAUAGGGAGCCAAGAAAGCUUACCUUUGACCGACCUUAUCAGUACUGGGACAAGGCACCAGCUGGUUUUGAACAUUUGACUCCGACACAGUACAAGGCUAUGCAGGCAGCUGGACAGCUUCCUACUCCUCAGUUGGGUCUUACUCCGACUGCUACUAUUGCUGCUCAAUAUCCAAUGGCCGGUGGUUACUUCACUCGACAAGCCCGGCGACUGUACAUUGGUGGAGUUCCGUUCGGUGCAACUGAAGAAGCAAUGAUGGAGUUCUUCAACCAGCAAAUGCACAUGGCCGGUCUUGCCACUGGUCCAGGCAAUCCUGUACUCGCUGUUCAGAUCAACCUGGACAAGAACUUCGCGUUCUUGGAAAUCAGGUCCGUUGACGAGGCAUCUGCUGCGCUCGCUUUUGAUGGCAUCAACUUCAUGGGCCAGUCGCUCAAAAUCCGUCGACCAAGUGACUACAAAGCUCUGCCCAAUAUGGCCGGAGGAGACUUUGCUGGCCAAGUUGAGGACUCUCCUAACAAAAUUUUCGUCGGUGGACUUCCCAACUACCUUCAGGAUGAGCAGGACGACCGACCGAAAGGCGUCUCAAUCGUUCGGGAGAUUCUCACCAGUUUCGGACAGCUCAAAGCAUUCAAUCUCGUCAAAGAUACCGCCACCAAUUUGUCGAAAGGAUACGCAUUUUGCGAAUAUGCUGAUCCGCAGAUUACAGAUACUGCUAUUGCCGGCUUGAAUGGCAUGCAGUUGGGCGACAAGAAGCUCAUUGUUCAGAGAGCCUCCGUAGGAAAAACUGAGACCGCAGCGCCGAAAAAUCUUGAUCAUCGUGUUACACUUCAAGUUCCCGGCUUGCACAAUGUUCAAAGCCAGGCGACUGCGACAGAGAUCCUUUGCUUGAUGAAUAUGGUUACGGAAGAAGAAUUGCUUGACGAUGAAGAAUACGAAGAUAUCACCGAGGAUGUCAAGGAAGAAUGUGGCAAGUUUGGCCCUGUUAAGUCAAUCGAGAUUCCGCGACCGCGGGCGGGACAGGAUGCGUCUGGCGUCGGAAAAGUUUACGUAGAAUUCGUCAAUUUGGAGGGCUGUAAUGCAGCAAUGAAUGCUCUGUCUGGUCGAAAAUUCGCCAACCGCGUUGUUCUCACGUCAUUUUACGAUCCUGAUCUUUACCACAGACGAGUGUUCAAUAUGAAAGUACUGAUAACAGGUGGUGGCGGGUUUAUAGGAAGCCAUGCUGUGGUGGAAACGCUCGAAGCCGGACAUGAAGUAGUUGUCCUCGACGACUGCUCCAACAUUUCCAGACCAAAAAAUGGAAAGAGCUUUCCACCAUCACUUGAAAAAGUCAAAGAAAUCGUCGGGUCCAGCGUCGCUGCUAAUCUCAGAUUCAUUGAAGGCUGUGUGACCAACAAAGAAACCGUCACCCAAGCUCUCGAUGGCUGCGAAGCGGUAAUGCAUUUCGCCGGCCUCAAAGCUGUUGGGGAGUCGAAUGUCAUUCCCCUUGAUUACUACCGCGUCAAUGUUGCUGGAACGAUCAAUUUGCUGCAGUGCAUGGCUGCAUGUGGAGUGAAAAGGAUAAUUUUCAGUAGUUCAGCAACUGUGUACAAACCAGCCAAAUCAGUAGAGGACCUGCCGUGGGUCGAGGACGCUCCUCGUGGACACUGCUCGUGUCCAUAUGCAAGAACAAAAAUGUUCGUCGAAGAGAUUCUCCAAGACGCGACAAAAGCCGACCCUACUCUUUGCGCCGUCAGUUUGCGAUAUUUUAAUCCCGUCGGAGCUCAUCCUUCCGGUUUGAUCGGAGAAGAUCCUCUUGGUAUUCCCAAUAAUCUCAUGCCCUACGUCGCCCAGGUCGCUGUGGGAAGAAGGCCGCACUUGAAUGUCUUUGGCAACGAUUAUGAUACUGUUGAUGGAACAGGCGUGCGGGACUACAUCCAUGUUGUUGACUUGGCAAAGGGGCAUCUCGCUGCGUUCAAGGUCUUCGGGAAAUCAGGCUUCCAUGCUUACAACCUUGGCACUGGAACUGGCACCUCCGUGCUUCAAAUAGUCGAUGCCUUCAGAAAAGCGUCUGGUCAAGAAAUCAAGACAGAAUUCGCACCAAGGCGUGAUGGCGACGUCGCGUGGAUGUGGUGCUCUCCAGCAAAAGCUAAAGAAGAACUGGGAUGGGAGGCGACGCAGGAUGUUAAUAAAAUGUGCGCAGAUUUGUGGCGAUUCCAACGACUUAACCCUCAAGGAUACACUGACAACAACAACGACUAA